AUGGAAAAUUUACCUGCGUUUCCCAAAUUUGAUGUUUACGCUGACGAAAAUUCCCUAGGUGUUCGGUGGGACAAAUAUGUAGAUAAACUGGAGAAUUUAUUUGUUGGGCUAGGUAUAAAUACAAGGAAAAGGAAAAAGGCACUGUUACUGCACUAUGCUGGAGAUGAUGUAUAUGACAUUUAUGAUACGUUAAAUCUGCACGGAGAGAGUGAAAAUUACGAUGAAACAAAAGCUGGACUUACAAACUACUUCAAACCUAGAAAAAACACUCAGUUUGAAAUUUUCGAAUUCAGGAAUAUUAAACAGUUGCACGGUGAAACGAUUGACCAAUAUGUGACUAGAUUACGACAAAAAGCUAAAAACUGUGAAUUUUCGGACACUGAGUCAGAAAUAAAAAGCCAAAUCAUACAGGGUGUUAUUUCGCAAAAAAUGAGAAUGCGAUGUUUGCAAGAUUCAGAAAAAUCACUUAAUGACUUACUUACAAUGAUGAGAACAAUGGAAAUUUCGAAGACUCAAGCAACAAGUAUGUCAAAGGACACUAGUAGUCAGCAGGUAGUGCGUGUAAAAAGCAAUCCAUAUUUUAGUCGGAAGUCAAAGGGAUUCGUACCACAACGUUCGCAACAACGUUCUAGUUCAUACCAAGGUUUACCGCAAGCAGGCUUGUCGUCGGGAAGGCGAAUCAGUCCUCAACAAACUAGCAAGAAAUGUCGUAACUGUGGAGGAAAAUACCCACAUAUAUCACGUUGCCCCGCGCUUGGAGCAGAAUGUAAUUAUUGCCACAAGAAGAACCAUUAUAUAUCUGUUUGUAGAAAACGUAAGAAGCAGGUGACAUUGAUCGAGGAUGAACAGCCGGAUUUAGAAAUUUUAACAGAUGAAUACGCGACGGAUUGCAAUUCGGAUGAAUGUGAUGUGCUAUUGGGAUUCAUGUUAGAUAGAAAGAAGGUGCCAAAGAAAAGAAUAAAAUUAAAUGGUGUAGAUGUGAAUGUUUUGGUUGAUAGCGGGUCAUCGAUCAAUAUUGUCAGUGAAAUUGUCCUUAAGAAAAUGAAAAAAUCACCGGAAAUCAAGAAAGCGACCACGAAAGCGUUCGCAUUUGGACAGAAGUCUCCACUGCCAUUCCAAGGUAAAUGUUCUUUGCUUGUUGAGUCGGACUCAAAAUUCGUGACCAGAGAUUUCCAUAUCGUUACGGGUAAUAAAGAAUCAUUGAUUAGUUAUGAGCUGUCAGUAGAGCUUGGGAUUUUACCGCAGAUAAAAUCUGUUCAAACCAAAGACGAGUAUGAAGGACUUAUUGAGGAAUACUCGCAAGUUUUCACUGGGUUAGGAUGUCUGAAAAACAGAAAAGUUAAGUUUCACAUUGAUGAAAGUGUUGUGCCAGUAGCUCAGCCUCCUAGGAGAGUGCCAUUUCAUGUGCGUGAGCAAGUUGAGCAGGAACUUAAAAGUUUGGAGGAUAUGGAUGUUAUUGAAAAAGUGGAAGGUGUACCAACACCAUGGGUAUCGAACCUGGUAGCUGCUCCAAAACCAAAUUCACCGAGAGAAGUAAGGCUGUGCAUAGAUAUGAGGAAAGCCAACACCGCAAUUAAAACAGAGAAAAAUGUUAGUCCGACGGUGGAUGAUAUAAUCUUAACGUUGAACGGCGCAAAAGUGUUUUCACGUCUCGAUCUGUACAAAGCAUUCCAUCAAAUUGAACUGGAUGAGUCAUCACGUGCAAUGACAACGUUUCAGACACAUGUUGGACUUUUUCGAUAUAAACGUUUAAAUUUUGGAGUGUCAGCAGCACCGAUUCUGUUCCAAAAUGAGCUUCGUCAAGCACUUCAAGGUCUGACAGGCGUGUUAAACAUUGCUGACGAUAUCGUAUGCUACGGCAAAACGCGUGAAGAACAUGAUAUCAAUCUGCGAGCAUUACUUCAGCGUCUUCAAGAACGGAACCUGACAUUGAACAAGAAAAAAUGUUCGUUCGGACAAUCAAAAAUCAAAUUCUACGGAUACGUGUUUUCGGAAUCGGGAAUUUCACCUGAUCCUGACAAGGUAGAUGCAGUAAAAAACAUGGACAGACCAAAAUCUGUAUCCGAAAUCCGUUCAUUUCUUGGUCUCACAAACUAUUUGUCUAAGUUCAUAGAUGGCUAUUCAGUCCUAACGGAACCAUUACGACGACUUACACAUCAGGAUGUAAAAUUCGAAUGGAAUGACGAUCAGGAAAAAUCGUUCACUUCACUAAAAGAGGCAUUGACUAGUGACAAAGUCAUGACGUAUUUCGACCCGAGGAAAGAAACUGAACUCUGGGUAGACGGCAGCCCAGUAGGCUGUUCAGGAAUACUUAUUCAGAAAGGAAAAAUAGUGUCGUAUGGAAGCAAAGCUUACAAUUCAGUACAAGCGCGCUAUUCGCAAACAGAGAGAGAAGCUUUAAGAGCUGUUAUCAUGAUUCAACAUUUUCAUUUGUACUUAUUCGGCAAGCAAUUCAAAUUGAUAACGGAUCACGCUGCACUUCAAUCAAUCUUCAACAACGUAAAGAAUAUACAGUCACCAAGAUUAGACCGUUGGCGUUUGAAGUUGUUAACGUAUGAUUUCCAGACGAUUUAUAGACCAGGUAGUUUAAUGAUCUCAGAUUAUCUUUCCAGACAUCCGCACGCGAGACACGCGACCAACACAGUAGCCGAACAAUAUAUCAGUUUUAUCACUGAUAACACUUUGCCAGAUGCAUUGAAGCUAUCAGACGUAGCAAAAGCUACUAAAUCAGACUGUGUAUUAAGUUGUGUCAAGAAUGCAAUAGAAACAAAUGACUGGAAAAAUCAGAAAUGCCAAUCCGAUGAAAGUUUUCGUUUAUACGAAAAUUUAAACAAGAAUCAAGAACUUGCAGUUGCAUAUACCGAUGAAGGAUAUGUGUUGUUACGGGGUACACAGCUUUGUAUACCAGAAACUUUGCAAAAACAAACAGUGUUACUUUCGCACGAGGGUCACCAAGGCCAAUCAAAGUGCAAAGGAUUACUUCGGGAAUAUUGUUGGUUCCCGCAUAUGGAUAAAAUGGUUGAAGAAGCAUGCAAAUCAUGCAUUGUGUGCCAAGCUGCAUCACCAGGAUGUACUCCAGAUCCGAUAAAACCAACACCUCUGCCACGAGAUGUGUUUUCUGAAGUCAGUUGUGACUUUUGUGGACCAUUCCCGGACGGGUACCUGUUAUUAGUGGUAAUAUGCGAUUAUAGUCGUUUUCCAAUAGUUGAGAGAGUCAGGUCAACAUCCGCAGAAACUGUCAUACCGCGUUUGGAAUCAAUAUUUUCGAUAUUUGGAUAUCCAGACGUAUUGAGAACGGACAAUGGACCUCCAUUUCAGAGUCGUACUUUCAGAGAAUAUGCUGAUAAGUCGGGAUUUAAACAUAAACGAAUUACUCCAUUGCACCCACAAGGAAAUGCAAUAGUCGAGCGAUUCAUGGCACCAUUGCAAAAAUCAGUUAAAACCGCAAUAGCAUCAGGUCAAGAUUAUAAGAGAGCGUUGAAUAGAUAUCUAAUGAAUUUUCGCAAUUCGCCACAAUCUUCAACACAAAAAGCUCCUAGUGAAUUAAUGUACAAUCGGAAAGUAAAAACGAAAUUACCAUCAAUGACAUUUGAAAAGCAAGACACAGAUGUUCGCGACAGGGACAGUCUGUCAAAAUCGAAAAACAAACUUUAUGCGGACAAGAACAGAAGAGCACAGCCAAGUGCAUUGAAAAUUGGAGACCGUGUGUUACUAAAACGAGAACAACGUAACAAAUUUGAGACAAUGUUUGACCCUACACCUGGCAUUGUCAUUGCUAGGAAAGGUUCAAUGCUAACAAUCAAGCACAGAGGAAAGGAAAUUACACGAGACGUGUCAAAGUUCAGGGUAGUUCAAGGUGGUCAUGAGCCGGCGCAGACGAAACCUGCAGAUACUGUAUUUGCACCACGUCAAAGGUCGCAAAGGAAACGACGACCGCCUAGACGUUUUGUCAAUGAAUGGUUGGAUUAA